AUGAGUGACAUGCUGGAAGAGGGCUCUUUCAUGUUCACAUCGGAGUCCGUAGGAGAGGGACAUCCAGACAAGAUUUGUGACCAGAUCAGUGAUGCUGUCCUGGACGCUCACCUGAAGCAGGACCCAGAUGCCAAAGUGGCCUGUGAGACCGUGUGUAAGACUGGCAUGGUGUUGCUCUGUGGAGAGAUCACAUCUCGGGCCAACGUGGACUACCAGAAGGUGGUGAGAGAAACCAUCAAACACAUCGGCUACGACAACUCUGACAAAGGUUUCGACUAUAAGACGUGUAAUGUGCUGGUGGCUCUGGAGCAGCAGAGUCCGGACAUUGCUCAGGGAGUCCACAUUGACAGAGCGGAGGAGGACAUUGGAGCCGGAGACCAGGGUCUGAUGUUCGGCUACGCCACAGAUGAGACAGAGGAGUGCAUGCCUCUCACCAUCGUCUUAGCCCACAGACUCAACUCAAAGAUGGCUGAACUCAGACGCAGUGGAGCCAUCCCCUGGCUGCGUCCAGACUCUAAAACACAGGUGACAGUGCAUUAUGACCAGAAGGACGGAGCCGUGAUCCCCAAGAGAGUUCACACCGUUGUGAUCUCUGUCCAGCAUGAUGACAACGUCUCUCUGGAGGAGCAGAAGAGAGUCCUCAAGGAGCAGGUGAUCAAAGCUGUGGUUCCUGCUAAAUAUUUGGAUGACAAGACCAUCUACCACCUCCAGCCCAGCGGUCGCUUCGUUAUUGGGGGACCUCAGGGUGAUGCUGGUGUGACAGGCAGGAAGAUCAUUGUCGACACAUACGGAGGGUGGGGCGCUCACGGUGGCGGAGCUUUCUCUGGCAAAGACUUCUCAAAGGUGGACCGCUCCGCUGCCUACGCUGCUCGCUGGGUGGCCACGUCUCUAGUCAGAGCCAAACUGUGCAGGAGAGUUCUGGUUCAGGUGUCUUAUGCUAUCGGAGUGGCCCAUCCUCUGUCCAUCUCCUUGUUUACCUACGGCUCAUCCCAGAAAACAGAGUCAGAGCUUCUCCAGAUUGUCAACAAUAACUUUGAUCUGCGGCCAGGUGUCAUCGUCAGGGAGCUGAACCUGAAGAGGCCAAUCUACCAGCAGACAGCCUCUUAUGGCCACUUUGGCCGACCAGAGUUUACUUGGGAGGUGCCCAAAAAGCUUGUCUACUAAAUACUCACCUGGAGGCUGAACGAGGUGCUUCUUUGUGGACUACAACUGCAAGCUCCGUCAACUGAUAAGACAUUUUUUAUUAGGAAGAAGUAAAGCCAAAGCGUUAGGGAUGAGUCAGCUUUAAAAAGGGGAGAAAAUAAUGAUAUGCACGAGUAGUCGUAGCCUACGGACAUACAGCUUAAUAGGACACUCCCGACGGUCCACCCCCUUCCUCCUUAAACAUCCAAUUAUUGGUGCUAAUAUAUAUACGUACAAUCAUUAAUCAGAGAACUUCCUUGCUAACAUGAGGGAACACCACAGCAAAUACAAUUAUCUUAAGACAAAUACUUCUACCCCCACUAGAAGCAGUGUUUUACCUCAAAGCUGUGAAUAUAUUUGUAUGUUACGUGACCAGUAUCAUGUACAGGAACAACCUCAGCGCUUAAUUUACUAUGGUUGCUAUU